AUGUACAUUGUACUUGCAUUCAUCCUUGUGCCUGCUGCUAUCCUUCAUGCUUUGGUUGGCCUUGCUCUGAAAGUUGUCAUGCCUCGUGACAGCAACAACCAAAAGCUAUUCAACAACUUCCUGCAGGAAAACACAUAUGAGGAUAUAGUCAAGACGACAGUACCAGAUGUCACAGCCUGGUAUAGAAGCAUGGACGGAGAUAAGACCUUGCUACCAGCCAACAGGAGGAUGUCAGUUUCUCCCAGUGGGGCAGCAUGUGUCGAUCGUUUCUUCCAGCAGAUCGAAGUUGUUGUGAAUGAAACAUCCCCUGCUCAUGUUGAGCUUGCAUUGAAGUCUCUGGGCCUGUCAGACAGCCUUCUCACUCAAGUUGCCCUGCAAAAUCUUUUGGAUAAGCCACAACCUCUUGCUCCAUGGAUUGAAGAAACCACCAGUUGCAUUGCCAAGAAUUCAGUUCUUGGGCACCUCUGUGAUGCAUUUGAAUCCAGCAUCGGUCCCAAACCAAACUUUGAUGAGCCCUACCAAACACAUAUUCUGAUCUACUUUGCCAAUGUCUUUGCAGUUUACCAGACCCUGACAUCUAAGGCCAUGACAGAUGUAUCUUUGUUGUCUGAGAUAUCCAACACAAUGAUUGACCUGAUAGAGUCGCGUGAACAAGGCUAUGAUUCUACAUACAAAGAUCCCUCCAUCCAGGAGUUUGCAAAGUUCAAGUAUCAGGGCGUCACACAGUCCCUGCAAGUCCUUAAACAUGCAAUAGGGGAAAACAAGGUCUCCCAAAUGACGGCUCACAGGCUUCAGAUCAAUAUCUUGGAAGCAGUCAAAGUGGAUGCUUCAUUGGGCUAUCGGGACAAUGCAAGAGUUGGUUUGGCACUGGCAUCAGCAGUUUCUGUUGGUCCUGUUGUUACAGACCAUGUGGUCCACUGGAAGCUGGGACGUGAAUGGGUUGAGGCCUACCUAUCAUGGAACAUGGCUUUUAUUAGUGGCUCACUUCCUCUCAACCUUAUUAUCAAGUUGAUGAUUCCUGCUGUUUCCUGUACAGCAAUGGAAACUCCAGAUGGAAAUGGUUUCAUUGCACCGCGAACACUGUCCCUGGCCCUUGCUUUGAUGCAUGAGUUCCCUUCCAUGACCGAGCUUAAGGACCUGGUAGACAAGCACAACAGCAGUGCUGAUGGAGGGCUCGAUGUCACCACUAUUGAAAGCUUGCAUACCUUCUACCAUUCUUCUCAGAGUCUAUCCAAGGAUCACUUUGAUAUGGCACAUGUCAUGGGUAAAAGUAAUCUUCAACACUCCAUCCUCCCUUCUCCUUCCAAAGACACUGUUGAAAGAAUGCUGCAUUCCCUUUGUGGGACAUCCUGCUAUGAUGGAUCUUAUACCAUGUCUUGGACAAGCAUUGAAUCCCACUUGAACGAUGAGGACUUCAAGACUUACAUUGGGGUUAUCCUCUAUAUGACAGCCAUGUUGACUGGUCUCGGACUGGAAUUCUUUGGAUGGGAUAUUCUAACCAUGGACAUGGGAUGGUCAACAAAACAGGAGACUUGGUGGUGGCUGGCUCAGUUUCUCUUCCCACUGUUUGCUGCUACGAGCCUUGGUUUAUCUCUUAGCAGGAACUUUAUGACACUGCCAUUCCUUGCCAUUGGUUUGUGGAAGUUUGGUAUGCCAGAGACUGUCUCAUACAUGUACGGGGCUCUUUACCAAGAUGUGAAGGACCCUGAUCAAGCCAGGUUCAAGCUUUCAUGGGGGCAGCUAUCCAAGUUUAUCAAUUCGGUGGGAAACAUCAUGCAUCAUUCAGCAUCAAUUCUUACGAUUGUGAUGUUUCUGUCUGGGGCAGUCCUAGCAGACAGGCACAUGGUUGCUUCCAUUGUGGUUCUUAUCAUGCAACACUGGUUUACACUACUCAAGUACAAGCAUCUGUAUCUUUUCUGUGUCAUUGAGAUUGUUCUGGAAGUGUACUUUGAGUGGGUGAUCUUCUCAGAGCUGCACUAUGUCCACUCCCGGCAUCCAUCACUGAGCUAUUCAUCAUCAGCAAUGCUGGUGGCUCAUUGGAUGUACUUUUUUGCAGGGAUGUUAGAGCUUGCUGUUGACAGCACUACAGAGCAGGUAGAAUCUCUGUCUGGGACUUCUGGCAAAGAUGAUCUCCUCAGAGAUUGUAGGGCUUCUGGCGGAGAUGAUAUCCUUGGGAUGAACAUUGGGCAUUAUACUGAUGAUGAAGAGACGAACUCUCAUGAGAUUGAUACUGACUUUUGUGAUGAUUUAUUACCCGAGGGGAAGAAGAUGGCACGCAUUCCAAAGAGACGUUCCUCAUUGCUCACCAUUUUCUUUUCCAAAGAACUGGAUGUAUAA